UCAACCGCUGUCACGCCAACAAUGCAUUGGCCGAGCUCAAGCAAGCAGUUAUAUCUAGUUUGAAUACCCUAUACCGGUAGCUACCCAGCCACUAACCCAGGGAGUUAUCGCCGUGACUCUGACAUACUUACAGCGCAUUGAAGACAGGUGUGGGCGAGCUGCACCGGUAUGACGGACCUUUGAAAAAUUCGCCUCUGCUUGUUGACUCAGGAUGUUACUUGGUCAACGCAUCACGAACACCUAAAGAUAACCUGUAUGUGACCAACGAGAGUUAGCCACCACAAGCUCCAGUGAAGGAGGCACCGCUUCAAUAUGAGACUGUGCUUCACCGUCUUCUUUCUCCUCGCGCUGACCCAGCUGAACGGGGUCACAGCACAGGAAACAGCUCCAGAAAUAAAGAUGCCUGAUGUGCGUCGGAUGGAAUACAUUUCCAAUCAACAGGUCCUUUUGAUGUGUAAUGCCGAAGGUGUACCAGUCCCUAGGUACAAAUGGUACAAAGACGGGGCCUUAAUUGUCUCCGAUUCUAUCACACAAGUAGAUCCAGUCACUGGCAACUUGUCCAUACCCAGCUUCACAAUAAGGGAGGAAGGAUUAUACCAGUGCGGGGCGGAGAACACCGUUAGUCCAGGGGUGACUCCAUUAGCCCAAUCCCCCGCCAUUAACGUCAGAGAAGUUUCACUCGGUGCAAACUGGCCUGUGAUCCCUGUUGAAGACAUCAACAAAUUCGAAGGAGCAUACGCCAACCUGCUAUGUACAGACGUACCAGAAAGUGUCCCGAAAGCUCAAUUCAGCUGGUUUUUAGAAUCACCCGACGGGGCAAAGAAACAAGUGGAGGAAACCGACAGAAUCCACGUUGACGAUCAAGGAACGCUGCAUUUUAUCUACUUGGAGACAAUUGACCAGACUGGCGCCGAUCUGUACAAGUGUGCCAUCUAUAACAAUAUCCUAAACACUAUUCAGCUAGGCAGUCCAAAGAGUCUGACAGUUACUCCGGUUGCCAGUAAACCGCAGGUAAAACCUAAGGCCGAGUAUACAACUAACCCUGCAAUAUUCUUACGGACCCAGACGGCAGAGCUGGAGUGUGUGUUCAGUGGAUAUCCUCUACCAACAAUCACGUGGCGCAAGGGGGGUAAUACCAUCACAGCAAGUGAGAAAUAUCAGUUCGACAAGAUCAACAGGAAACUGAAGGUAUUGAACCUGGUGGAGGAAGACGAGGGAAUUUACACCUGCUUCGGGCAGAACUCCGUCAGCACAGUCCAGAUUCCAAUCUUUCUCGAUGUCACGUCUGGUCCUAUUUGGGAACAGGCGUUAAGUUACCAGACUAUACCAACGGGCAGGGACGCUGUCUUCUACUGCAAGUCCCGGGCAGCUGACGGGGAGGAUCCCAUUGACACACCCACCUGGUACAUUAAUGGGAAUCUAAUUAACAUACUAAGUCCUCCAGGAAGCGGCAAGUUCCAGUUCAGUGAUGGUGGAAGAGUGUUAACGGUCAUAGGUCUGCAGAAACCGGACGAUACCCAGUGUUUCCAGUGUAACGUCAGCAACAAAAUAGACUAUGAAUUUGCAAAUGGUUGCCUCAACGUCAUCGAACCAAUCGUAAUAACCGAACAUCCCCCGCCAAUUCAAGAAAUCGUCAAGGGCGAUCGCGUUAACCUGACAGUGAAAGCUACAACUGACCCGGGGAUGACCUUGAGAGAAAGAUGGCGCUUCAAGAAUCAAACCUAUGACAAUAAUGCGCCGCCUCAUGUGAUCUACAAUGAUGUCACAAAGGAAGCCUAUAUCGACACGUCAGGCCUCACCGAUGCGGAGUUUGAAGCGAUUAUUGGCGUGUACUACCGGGACCUGUAUCACCAAUACGAUAGCUACACAGUAACAAUUGAAGUCGUACCGAAGGGUAGAGAUGAUGCGGUUGCAGCCGCUGGGGACUUCCCGUGGUGGUGGAUAGUGGUGGUGAUACUCCUCCUCUUGCUCGUCGUCAUCAUCAUCCUCAUCUGCUUCUGCUGCAAGCGGAAACAGGAUGAAGGGACUUACAAAGUCUAUGCAAAAGAGGUAAACGCCGUGUACCUUAAUCCGGAUAAGGAUUUGGAAGACCACAAGUUCCACAAUGUUGCCAGAAUAGAGUCUGAGGAAGAUACAUCUACGAAGAAGCGACCCGCCCAUAACCCUGCUUACGAUGUCAAUGAUGAUGAGCCUGACUCGAUGGACGAGUACCGAGGUAGAAGAGAUCAAAGUGGUAAAUAUAACGCGGGUUAUUUCAGUGGAGACGACCGUUAUGCUAAUGCUGGACGGUAUACACAUCAAGAAAGUCAAGCUUAAAGAUCAAGAAAAUAUAGCGUAUCAGUAUCUACUGGAUUCAAAGGUAUUCAUUACAUUCAUGUAGCGAUGGGUGUAGUGUAAUUACAUCCCAUGUGUCUGCAAUGAUAUUCUUACACCUGACAAUGGUACAGAAACACCCUUCGAUGCUGGAAACCUUACCUUGGCUCUUUAGUUUUAAAGAAAAGGUCCGCCUUCUUCAUAACACCUUGAACCUUAUGAGGAGUUACGUAUACCAAUUCGUGACAUAAACGUAGACUAGCUUGCCAAUCUAAUUGGACUAACAUGUUAAAGAGGGCAGCAUUAACAAGACGAAAUCCGGUGUUUUCAGAGUGUAGGAUCUCAACAAACAUAAUGACAAAGACAGCAGUCAGAUGCCUUGACUAAAUGAUAGGUUGGCAGAUUCAUCUUGUGUGAUUCAAGACUCGAUUCGCUUGUGCACUACUGUUAUGUUCUUCGUGCGUAAUUGCCAAGCCCACUGUUGCAGUGUAAAGUGAAAGUGUAUGUAAAACACUUGGCCUACGACGGCGAUAAGUAAUGUUUCAUUGUUGCUUUUGAAAGCAGGACAUGCUUACCCUUUAAGCGAACACCUGGUGUCACCGCUGAUUUUCAGUGAUACAUUCAUGUAAUUUUCACCACUUUUUUGUAUUUUACGCCCAAUAUCGAGGCUGAUUAUUCUCUGGUAAUAUAUUUUUUUAUACAUUUAUCAACAAAUAUAGUACCUUUGAUCAGGGUUAUAAGAUAAUCCUUUAAAAUCUAUACCCCAUUUAGAUCUGUAUUUGUAUCUUGUUAUUGGUGGUCAAGUGUUUGCUUCAAAUUUUUGUCUUUGGUCUAAAUUUGAUUUUACGUGUGAAAUGAUACUCGAAAGGUGUUAUUAGCAACUUACUCAUUGUCUAAUGAGCUUAACCUCCCCAUAGUAGUCAUCUUUUAUAAAUCUAUACAUUUUAAACUUUUAACAUCCCUUCAUAUUAUAGUUCUUAUCUAACACAAACGAUAUUGUCACGUGUAAUUUACUACUAAUGUGCACCUUGAUAUUAAUCUAAUUCACUAACAUACAAAAUGCAGACUAGAUACUCAUUUUGUGUUAUCAGAUUGCUGAUCUCAAGAAAUCAACAGGCUAUGACAAUUGUAUUGAGGCGUUGGAACGGUGAUACAAGCUACAGUAUUAUCUGUGGAUUAAAAUACAUUUUGGAGUUUAUAACUGUCAUUCAUCGAAACAUUCUUGGAUCGUUGUAUAUUAUGUCCGUGGAUCAUUUACCAUUAACAGUCAUUAUGUAUAUACAUAAGCGGAGUUAAUUCUGUACUCAAUAAUAUCUUCAAAAGAACACAUGUCUCAAUAUAUCUCGUUAACCAUAUAGCAAACAAAUCAGUUCUAACUGCAGUCCUGUACGUACAAUGUUCCUUGUGAGUUGUGUAUCAAACUGUGUUUGUCUGUUUGUUGACAUACGAAAUUACAUGGGAUAUGGUAUCAAUUUACGCUCUGUCCUUGUCUUAGUUCCAUAUAUGAGACACUCAAGAUACGUUUGUAUUUUUAUAAACAAACGUUUGUUAGAUAAGGUUCUGUAUCUAUUACUUGAAGUAAUAUGUUUGUGUAUAGACAUACAAUGUCGGCGUUUCUAUGUAUAUCGACACAUCUAAUGGUUAGUAAUAUCUCAAUGUAGUUUUAGGGAACAGAAUACCACGACAUACCUUGGUGUACAAACCAUCGUUCAGAACGUUGGCGGAUUGAAGGCUUACUAAAUAGGAAGUAUACUUCGCAUGGUUUUUUUACAAUGCUUUUUAUAAUCAAAGAAAACGCGUUUUGAUUAAUGUGCACUUUGAUAAACCUCUCGAACGAAUCAUCUAUAGCUUUGCUGUUCGCUGCUAACAUGGCCUGGCAACUGUCUUACUGCCUGUUUAUCUAGAGGGGCCGCUGCUGCCGAGACAACCUGCACAGCUGGACUAGUGGGUACUCAUCGGCACGGUCAAAACUAAUGCCACUAGUGCAACGGGUGCUUCUUGUAGUUCACCAACUAACAGCAGAAAAAUACUACAUGGUAGUUCAUGUAGUAGAAUAAAAGUCAACAACAAGACAAUUACAACUUCAAGUUCUACGAGAGCAAGAACUGAAAUUAGCUUUACAACAAGAACAUUUUCUCGUGCAAAAGAACAACCAACACUUGGACAGACAAUGCCCACAAUCACUACUCCAACUUCAACUAUCUAUAGUGGCUCUAGAGCAAACACCACAACGCAUCUACAACAAGUACUUCACGGCGUACAUCUAUUGCAACUACUUCACGGCUUACAUCUGCUGCAACUACGUCACGGCGUACAUCUACUUCAACUGCUUCCCGGCUUACAUCUACUGCAACUACUCCAGAGGUUUACAUCUACAGCAACAACUUCACGACUUUUACCAACAGAAACUACUUUAUGUCUUACAUCUACUGAACUUAUCGGUAUAGGUGACUGCAACUAGAUCGUUUCUACUUUCAACUACUUCACGGCUUACAUCUACAGCAACAACUUCACGACUUUUAGCAACAUAGACUUCUUUAUGCCUUACAUCUACUGCGCUUCUCGGUAUACGUGACUGCAACUAGAUUGUUUCGUACAUCUACGGCAACUGCUAAGUUCAGAAUAUCCACUACAAAUACUACGCCCGGUACAUCUACUGCAACUACUCUACGGCUUCAUCUACUGCAGCUACUUCACGCCGUUAAUCUACUGCUACUAGUACGUGCAGUAAAUUUAAUAUCCUACACGUUACAACUGGUGCUGUAAUCAACUAUGCAAAAUAUAUUUUAUGAUUGAUUGCUUUAACAAUUAAAGUUUGUAUUAUUGUUACAUAGAUAUAGUUAUGAAUGUUUCUUGGUUACGUGUUUGUAUGUAUGUAUGUAUGUUUGUAUGUAUAUAAUAAAUGUUUGUACACUGCCAUCAGGUUAAUCGUGUGCCCUCCGUGUAUAUUUACUGUUAUUUAUUACAUGUUACGAUACACGUGCGAAAGGUGUUAACCUCAAGAUGACAUCGUAGUCUUAAUUGUCUGUUUUAUAUGUUCCAUUUUCACCAAUCAUUGUGCAAUGCUUCAUAGGUUCAAGUCAGUAUUACUCCGCAAGAUAGCUUCAUUUCUACGACUUGUAAAUAAUUACUUGUUAGAUUGUUCUUAUCAACUAUACUUCCAAACGUGUUAUCCAAAUAAAUCUGAUUUUUAGUUUU